CUCAGUAGUACGAUCUGGUAUACUACAUUCAAAUAGAUCUAUACUUAUUCGUAGUUCUGAACUCAUUAGUUAGCAGAAACAUGUCUGCAAGUGGUGUUUCGGAUGCAGAUAUUAAAUCUGCUUGCAAGGAUCCUGAUCCAAGCACAAAGGAUUUUAUUUUCCAACAAACUAUGUUUAGAAUUAAAGAUCCAAAAGCAUCGCUUGAUUUCUACACCAGAGUGAUUGGUAUGAGAAUGUUGCAGAAAUUUGAUUUUCCAAAUAUGGAGUUUACAUUGUUUUUCAUGGGCUUUGCCAAACCUGAAGAAAUCCCCCAAGAUGAAAACGAGAGAAUUAAAUGGCUGUUUACACGACCUGCAUGUUUGGAACUUACAUACAACUAUGGUACUGAUAGUGAUCAAAACUUUAAGGGAUAUCACAAUGGAAACUCUGAUCCCAGGGGAUUUGGCCAUAUUGGAUUGUCUGUUCCUGAUGUUUAUGCUGCUUGUAAAAGAUUUGAAGAACUAGGAGUAGAGUUUGUUAAGAAACCUGAUGAUGGUAAAAUGAAAGGACUUGCAUUUAUUAAGGAUCCUGAUGGCUACUGGAUAGAAAUUCUGAAGGCUGACAAUAUGAAAUUUUAAAUACAUUUACAUGUCGACUGGAUUGGAUGAAAAUGGUGAAUUACGCAUGAUAGUCAACCUUACACUCAGUGACGUUUUGAGUAGAAGCAUAAACCAUGCAUGUCUCAAAUCAAUAAUCAGACUGUGAAUCCAGCUGCUGAUUUGAGUAUCUACAAAAAUUUGCAUAUUCUUAAGCAAGAGCAAAUACAUCUUAUAUGAAGAUGUACGAUUCUGGUUGUAAUGCUGAUUAGUAGUUAUUUACAAAUUGUUUGUCUAGAAUAAACCAGUCUGAAGAGA